AUGUUUCCAGUACAGUCACUAGUAUCAUCGAGUCAUAGCACCAUAGCUACACAACAACAAGAGCAAUACAACGAUGAAUCUGAAGACAACGGAGACAUGGGAUUUGGCUUGUUCGAUGAUUAUGAUGAUGGGUACAGCAGAGACAUAGAGCAACUAGUAUUAUCGAGUCCCGGCACCAUAGCUGCACAACAACAAGAGCAGUUAGAAUUAGAACAAGGUAGUAAAUUUAUUGCACGAUUAAACGACAUGACUUAUGAUAUGUCAUAUAAAAUUGAAGCUCAAAAUUUGAAGCCACCAAUCAAUGAUGAACCUACCCAUGCAAAAAUUGUUGAUGAAAAAGGUCGUUUAAACUAUGAGAUUAGGCCUUUCAGUUACAAUGAUCGCUUACAAUCUUCGAUUCCAGCUCCACCACCCGUCCCAUCAUUUAUGCAACAAGUCGCAGCAAUAUCAGAUUAUUUUCAGACAUCAACUUCCGUCACAUCAGCCCAAUCAUUUUCAGCUCCGUCGUUUUUGUCGGUGUCUUCCAAAUUUUCAGUGCCAACAUCAAUACCAUCAGAGGCACAAAUGGAUAGCGAUACAAUUAAAAAAUAUAAAAAAGAAAUGCUAGAAAUGGAAAAUGUGGCGCUUCCGCUUGCUAAUAAUGACCGAGAAACGGCCGCCGUUCAGUCCACUUCUAUAUCAAAGACAUUAAAUCUAUUCGAAGGAACUUCAGAUACUGCUGCCAGUACUUUAUUAUCAUCAAAAAGAAAAAGUGCAUGCUAUGAUUCAGACAGCAACUAUCAGGGAAAACAAAUGAGUUCAACUAGCGCUCGUUUUACUGAUGUAGACGACUUUCUUUUAGAUUACUUCGAAAAAGCAUCAUUACUUCUAUUGCUUUUAGACAAGACAAGAUGCCCGAUUAUCAUCAUGGGACAACCACUCAUUUACACCGUCGAAUUUUCGUGA